GCGCGCGCACACACACACACACACACACACACACACACACACACACACACACACACACACACACACACACACACACACACACACACACACACACACACACACACACACACACACACACGCAAACAAGCUACAAAUCCAGCUAGCGGGGGCGCGGUCUUCUUGCAGUUGUAGACAGUGGGACACGCGCGUUAUCGUCAGCAGCGACUCUCCCAGAGCCCUGGUGGGCAUCGGUCACUGCUGGAAAUAUGAUGAGACUGGAAGAAGGACGGUUCAUUACACAUUAUCUAUUGUGUAACCUGAGACCUAUGAGAAUCCCCGUCGCCUUUCCUGUCUUCUGUAAAGGCUCUCUGUGAUGGGGGUCCCUCAAUGUAGCAGCGGUUAGGUGGUGGGGGGACACUAUAGACAUGCCAUUUCCCCAGAGCAUAUUGCUGUGUCUGGGCGUGGUGCUGAUGACCGCCGGGGUGGUCAUGGCACUCUGCACGGGCGCCGUUCCCCAGGGUAUCCCGCUAUUUCAACUCGGACUGAUUCUGGGGCUCGGGGGUGCGGGGCUGGUGGUCACUGGUCUCUGCGCUGCCAUGAAGAACCUGCAGGUGGCGGUGCCAGGACACUUCCUCCUGCACCCCCGCACGGGCACCCGCUUCAGCCCCCAUCAGGCGCUUGCAAUACAAAGGAGGCUGGACCGCAUCCGCAGGGAGAUGUCCACGGACUCCGUGGCCGGGCAGGCUGAGCCAGCCGAGCCCUCCCUGCCCUCCACCCCGCCCCCCUGGGAUCUGGAGCCCCCGCCCUCCUAUGACACGGUGAUGAAGUGCCAGGAGCAUGCCUCACAGCAGAUAUGACCUGUGACACUCCCCUAUCCCUCCCUCACCCCCUUCCCUCCCUUUCUCCCAGAGGAAGAAGAAAACCACAGGGACAGGAAUCCAUGAGUCAUGAACCCAGCCUGAGACGACGAACCGUCGUCAGCUGCAUUUCACCAGCAAAAAAUGUUCACUCUUUGUGCCUUCAUGGGAACCACCAUCUUGAACACCAAACGAAGACAGAGGCGGGGCCUGCAAGCCAAGGGGACAAUCUGGGCUGAACAAAAAAUAGGGCUGUGAGGACACGAGUCCUAGAUGGAUGAAACGUGGGAGGGGAAUUUAAUGUUUACCAUUUCCUGUGUUGCUCUAACCUCGCCCCAUCCCACCCGGGAGACCAGCCUUAUGUAACUUUUUAACCGUUGUUGACCCUAUAUGACAGUGCAGUUGGCUGUGAGCCCAGUAAACAGGUACUUUAUAGGCCCCACUGGAGGCUGCGCUAUGAACACCACCCCCUUACACUCUACCCCCCCCCCUACACACACACACACACUUGCCCUUCUUGAACAUCUGCCUUCCAUCCCAGCCGUAUGGAUUGGUCUAGCUGCGUGCACGAGCUUACAAAGCAUUUUAUUACUGGUUUAUCCCAAAGCAAAGUGCCUUUUUGGCAGCAGUGUUGUUGUGCCGAGGUUUGUACUCAGGCUUUUUAAUUUCUUUUGAAAAAAUGACGGCCAGGGCCGGCCUGUGUGGAGAUGUUUCUGUGAGCAUGAGUUAACGACCAGUCUUCCACGAUCUCUGUGGGUGGUGCGUGUGAAGGAGAAGUAAUGGCUUGUUUGUGUGAAAUAAAAUACUGGUGGAGACCUAUAAAGAAAAAUAAAUAUGGCAAAUGUU